GUACGGUUUAACCUUAACCUACAGUUUAACUCAACAUCAAACGAGGGUCACAUGCUAGUCUGUUUGCCUCUGCGUCGACUCCUCACUCAGCUGAUACAAUCUUUUUAAAACCUGCAGACAGUACAAUUACGUAUUUAAAAUGCUACGUCAUGAUUGUGUAUUUGUGGUUAUCUAACCGAGUCUCCUCUGAAACAGCUGCAACCAUGGUGCAGGAAUACCAGUCCCCAGUUCGGGUCUACAAGCAUCCAUUUGAGUUGAUAAUGGCGGCCUAUGUGAGGAGGUUCCCAAAGUCCCCCCUGAUCCCAGUGUUUGUGGACAGUGAGAUCAUCAGCGAGACGGAGAGCAAAGAUGGAUCCACGCUGGUAACUGAGAGGCGCUGUGUGAUCGACAUUGAGGCCCCACGUCUUCUGAAACGGAUUGCUGGUGUAGACUACUUGUACUUUAGCCAAAAGAACACGCUGAAUCGCAGAGACAGGACGCUACACAUUGAGGUCCGCAACGAGACCUUUUCCAACAGGGUCAUUGUCCAUGAGUGCUGCAAUUACACUGUUCAUCCGGAGAAUGAGGACUGGACAUGCUUUGAACAGACGGCCAGUCUGGAUAUCAAGUCCUUUUUUGGCUUUGAGAGCACGGCAGAGAAGCUAGCUAUGAAACAGUAUGCUAGCAGCAUUAAAAAGGGUAAAGAGAUGAUUGAGUACUACCUCAGAGAGCUGGAGGAAGAAGGAGUAACUUACAUACCUCGUUGGAGCCCCCCUGUUGUCUCUGGCUCUGCUGCUGCCAGGCUUCAGCUGCUGCCCUGCUGCCCUGGCAGAGCCAUCCCAGUGAAUACUGCUAAGACUGGCCUAGACAUUAAAGAACCGGCCGCUCCCACAGAGCUAGUGGCUGGCUCUCCCGAUGACAAGUUGGAUGCUGACUACAUCAGACGUUACCUAGGGGAUUUAACGCCUCUGCAGGAGAGCUGUCUUAUCCGACUGCGCCAGUGGCUCCAGGAAACCCACAAGGGCAAGAUUCCAAAGGAUCAGCAUGUGCUACGCUUCCUGAGGGCCAGAGAUUUCAACUUGGACAAGGCCAGGGAGUUUUUGUGCCAGUCGCUUAUUUGGAGGAAGCAACAUAAGGUAGAUUUCCUGUUAGACACGUGGGAGCGGCCACAACUGCUUCUGGACUAUUACACCGGCGGCUGGCACCACCACGACAGAGACGGCCGUCCUCUGUAUAUCUUGCGCCUGGGGCAAAUGGACACUAAGGGCUUGGUGCGAGCGUUGGGAAUGGAAGCACUUCUGAGACAGGUCCUGUCCAUCAACGAGGAAGGACUGAGGCGUUGUGAAGAGAACACCAGAGUCUUCGGUCGACCCAUUAGCUGCUGGACUUGCCUGGUGGAUCUGGAGGGUCUUAACAUGCGUCACCUGUGGAGGCCGGGUGUUAAGGCACUGCUGAGAAUCAUCGAGGUGGUGGAGGCCAACUACCCCGAGACUCUGGGUCGCCUGCUCAUACUGAGGGCGCCCAGAGUUUUCCCAGUGCUCUGGACCCUGGUCAGCCCCCUGAUUGAUGAGAAUACCCGGAAGAAGUUCCUUGUUUACGCAGGAAACGACUACCAGGAUCCAGGAGGAUUGGUGGACUAUAUUGACAAAGAAAUAAUUCCUGACUUCUUGGGAGGGGACUCCAUGGGUGACAUUCCUGAGGGAGGUACGGUUCCCAAAUCCCUGUACAGAACAGCAGAAGAGCUGGAGAGUGAGGAAAACCGCCUGUUGACUGACUCCAUCUAUAAGAGUGCCAGUAUUUUCAAGGGAGCCCCAUAUGAGAUGCUGAUCGAGAUCACCGAGGCCUCCUCCGUCAUCACGUGGGACUUCGACGUGUCUAAAGGAGAUAUGGUCUUCAACAUCUACCAUUCCAAGAGGGCCCCGCAGCCCCCUAAGAAAGACACUCUUGGUGCCCAUGGCCUCACGUCCCCAGGGGCCGUUAACGCCCAGCUGAUAGACAGGAACUGGGUGCUGGGCCAGGACUACAGCAUGGUGGAGAAAGCCCUCACCUGCAAGGAGGGAGAGAGUGUACAGGGCUCCCACAUAACCCGUUGGCCCGGCUUCUACAUCCUCCAAUGGCGAUUCCACAGCUCCCCAGCAUGCUCCGCCUCCAGCCUGCCACGUGUGGAUGAUGUUCUGGCCUCACUGCAGGUCUCUUCCCACAAGUGUAAGAUCAUGUUCUACACCGAGGUGCUGGGCUCCCAUGACUUCAGGGGAUCCAUGACCAGUCUGGAGUCUAGUCAUAGUGGUUUCUCUCAGCUCAGUGCUGCCACUACAUCCUCUAGCCAAUCGCACGCCAGCUCCACUGUCUCAAGGUAGCAUCUCCCCAGCAGGUGUCAAAAGACGGCAGUGACCUAAUGACAUCUUACUCCAACUGUGCCUUAUGCCUCCAAACAGAGGGGGCCUAAUACUCUUACUCUUUAAUGACAAUUUGAUCUGACUAUUGAAAGGGAGGAGAGUAUUAUGGAAAUGUUUAUAAAUAAAUAAAUGUUUUUAUUAAUUAUUUUGGUAGAAACAGUAAUGUUUCUAAGGAAUUAUGUAUUUAUAGUAUGUUUCCUGUCCAUAUGAUAACUGACUUGAUAUUUUUUUGUUUGAAUAAUAGGAAGUGUACAGUAAGAAAUGUGAUGCCUAGUGCAAAUGUGUAAUGGAGGAUUUGUAGUUAAGGUAUGUGUGUCCAUGAAUCUGCUGGAUUAAUAAAUGCCACACAGAGCAGCAGUUUCUUCAUAAAAUAAAAUGAGAGAGAUUGGAAGUAAGAGUAUCUUACAAUGCACACAGCUUUAGUACCCGAAGUUGCUUUCAUCAUCCACAAGAUGUCAGUGUACUCUGUGAUUACUUGCUCUCAGAUCUGCACUGUAUUUGGCACAUACAUUUCCGCUCAUACUUUGUCUGGUUUUUGAAGAAAUUGAAGGAAGAGUUGUUUUAAAUAAAGAAUUUAUCACAAGCAUUAAUAUUGAUGUAA